UCAGCCGCUGCCGCGGCCCCGGAGCCGCCGCGCCAUGAGCGGGGCCGGGCCCGGGGCCGACCUGCCGCCCCCGGCCAAGCUCCGCCGCCUGGAUGAGUGCAGCGGGACGGGCCCCGCCGCCGUUGUUCCCCCGCGCCGGGAGAUCUCCCACCCCCCCCACCCCGGUGAGGGCCGCGGCGCGCGCGCGCGGGGCGGUGGCGGCGGGUCUGGGCAUGCGCGGGGCGGGGACGCGAGAGCACCCCCUGGCGGCGGAACGGAGAGCGCAAUGGAGGGGCCGGAGACCCCCGAGGAGGGGAUGGAGACCCCAAAGGAGGGGAUGGAGACCCCAAAGGAGGGCAUGGAGACCCUAAAGGAGGGGAUGGAGACCCCAGUGAGGGGCAUGGAGACCCCAAAGGAGGGGAUGGAGACCCCAAAGGAGGGGAUGGAGACCCCAGUGAGGGGCAUGGAGACCCCAAAGGAGGGGAUGGAGACCCCAAAGGAGGGGAUGGAGACCCCAGUGAGGGGCAUGGAGACCCCAAAGGAGGGGAUGGAGACCCCCGAGGAGGGGAUGGAGACCCCAAAGGAGGGCAUGGAGACCCCAAAGGAGGGCAUGGAGACCCCAAAGGAGGGGAUGGAGAUGCCAGUGAAGGGGAUGGAGACCCCCAAGGAUGGGCUGGAGACCCCAGUGAAGGGCCUGGAGACCCUCGGGGAUGAGAAGACCCCCAGGGAUGAGACGGAGACCCCCAAGGAGGGGCUGGAGACUCCCAAGGAAGGGCUGAAGACUGCCAUGGAUCCAAGAGGAGACCUGGACACCACCGUCCCCCCCUGCUUGGAGCAAGAAAACAGGGGGCUGGAGACCACCAUGGAGGUUAUGGAGACCACCAGAGAGACCAUGGGGGACCUGGGGACCAGUGUUAUCCCCUGCUUGGAGCAGGACAAGGGGAUCCUGGAGACCCCCUUGGAAUCCAGAGGGAGCCCAGAGAGCAGCAGGGAGGUCCCAGGGACCCCCAACGGGCGCAGGGGGAGCCUGGAGACGGCCGUGAGCCGGUGCCUGGAGCAGGGCAGGAGGAGCAAGGGGGGCUCGGAGACCACCAGCGAGGCCUGGGGGGGGCUGGAGAGCGACGCUCCCCUCGCCAGCGGGGGCCUGAAGAGCACCAGCAGGCGCAAGGCCGGGCUGAAGACCCCCGGGAGGGCCAAGGGGAGUGUGGAGACUGGGGGAACCCAGUGCUUGGAUGGGGGAAGGAGCGGGAACGGGGGCCUGGAGACCCCCGGGGAGGGCCUGGAGGCCACCGAGGAGAUCCUGGGGGGUCUGGAGACCACCGUGAGGCCCAAGGGGAGCCUGGAGAGCGCCGUUAUCAGCCACGUGACGUGGGACAGAGAGCAGAAGGAGGGGCUGGAGACCACGGCUGUGACCACCGGGGAUGUCCUGAGGGGCCUGGAGCCCAGCAGGGAUGUCCUGGAGCCCAGCAGGGCCGUCCUGGGGGGCCUGCAGCCCACCCCCAUGGCCUGCGUGGGGCAGAGCCGGGGUGGCCCUGGGCUCCCAGAGCCCGGGGGGCUCCCAGGGCCCGUGGAGGUGCCGGACCCGCCGGGGGUCCCGCUGCCCAAGUGCCAGGAGGCCGAGGAGAGCGCGGUGAUCUCCGUGGGCGAGGAGGAGGAGGAGGAGGAGGAGGAGGACGGCGAGGAAGGCCCGGGGCGGUACCUGGCAGCCCUGGAGGCCGUGCAGCUGCAGCUCGAGGCCGUGGAGGAAGAGGCGGCCCGAGCCUUCCGCCGGCUCCGCGCGCGCUUCGGGCUCCGGCGCCGGCCCCACCUGCAGCGCCGCAACCGCCUCAUCCAGCACAUCCCCGGCUUCUGGGUCACCGCUUUCCUGAACCACCCGCAGCUCUCGGCCAUGAUCAGCGACCGCGACGAGGACGCGCUGAGCUACAUGACAAGCCUGCAGGUGGAGGAGUUCGGGCAGAGCCGCCUCGGGUGCCGCAUCCGCUUCUUCUUCAGCGUCAACCCCUAUUUCCAGAACGACGUCGUGGCCAAGGAGUUCGUGAGAGGCCCCUCUGGUCACCUGGUGUCCCACUCGACCCCGAUCCGGUGGUGGCAGGGGCAGGACCCCCGGUCCCGACCCCACAAGGGCCCCCCCGGCCCCCGGAGCUUCUUCGCCUGGUUUGGGGAUCACAGUUUCCCUGCGGGGGAUCGAGUGGCCGAGAUCAUCAAGGAGGAGCUCUGGCCCAACCCGCUCCAGUUUUACCUGCUGGGGGAGGGGGCUGAGGGCCCCCCCGACAGUGAGAGCGGCGAGGACUGUGUGGUGAUCGAGGACGACGACGAGGACGUGCAGGAGAUCCCGGACGAUGGGGACGGCAGUGGUGUGGAAGAGGUUCUGGCCGAGGACCCCCCCGAGGGACGGAUGGACCCCGCCGGGGGCAGGACCUGAUUUGGGGGGGCUGCCCCCGCCCCCCCCCAGGGCAUUGCGGGUAACGAGGGGCUGGGGGGGCCCCAACUCAGCUCAGGGUGUUUGAAGGCCUUGAACUCCCCCAAAAUCCCCCCCAUCCCCACAACCUGGGGGGGGGGCGUCCCCCCAGUUCCCCCCUGCCCCCCCCCCGGGGAGAAACACAACCUUUUUCUGACCAUUUUUGUACAUUUUGGGUUAAAAACUUGUAAAGUUUUCUUUUUAUAUCUAAAAAUAUAUUAUAAUAAAGAUUUAUUGGGGUUA